AUGGGCACCUUGGACACCCUGAUGCUGUGCUUCAUCCUGCUGGGAACCCUUCCAUCGGCAUCACUUGCCGGAACAGCCAACCUUCCCUCGUAUCCUCUCGCGGUUAGGAGUCCCUAUCUGUCGACCUGGGUGCCGGGACGUCAGGUGCUUGCAGAUGCAGCCACUGCGCAGUCGGAAUUCUGGGCCGGUCAAAGGAUAAACUGGCCCAUCUUAGCAAGAGUUGAUGGUAAAACAUACUCAUUGUUUGGAAAUCCUCAUUCUAUAGAUGAUAUCGCAGCGGCAUCAACAGUGGGAGUCAGCUACACGUCUUCGCAUACGUUUCUCAACCUCACUGCUGGCGCUGCUAGUUUCACACUAGAUUUCUUCUCCCCGGUAUUCCCAGGGAGCGAUGACUUUCUGCGCCAAUCUCUCCCGUAUUCAUAUCUCACCGUCACUGCAACAAGCAGCAGCUCCGGGCCGGUCGAUGUGCAGAUCCUCAGUGCCAUUGACAAUACUUGGACGGCGCAGAAUGGAGAGGCAGAUCUCAAUUAUACGUCUCACGGCAAGGCUGGGUUGUUCUGGUUCUACAACCCCGAUCAGAUCUCGUUCACUGAACGGAGUGACAUGGCUACAUAUGGCUCUGUGGUGUUCGCGACUAUCUCAGGCGACCGAGUUACUCAUGCUUGCGCCAUGGCUUCUAGUAUAUACGCAGAGUUCACCAGCAAGGGCUCCCUCACCGCAGCGACAUCCUGUACUGGUAUUGACCUUGCAGCGUUAUCCAAGGACCUGGGCAAUGUAAACGAUGCUCAUCCAGGGCGGGUGACGUUCGCUGUCGGCCUUGAUCGGAAAGAAGCAAUCGACUAUCUGAACACCACGCAGACAGGCUAUCAUUAUUCGAAAUGGCCUACCGUGCCAGAAGCGGUGGAAUAUUUCCUCCAGGAUUACAGUCACGCCCUAGCUAAGUCAUCUGCAUUUGAUAUGGAAGUGCGCCGCAAAACAGAGGCUGUGUCGAGUGUGUUCGGGGAGAAAUAUGCGGAUAUCGUGGAAGCCAGUGUUCGACAGACGUUCGGUGCCCUAGAACUCACGGUCCCUGCGGACGAUCUCACAGCCACGCCUUCUGUGUUUUUGAAAGAGAUCUCGAGUGACGGCAACAUCAACACCAUUGAUAUUCUGUUCCAAACGUGGCCGAUUUUCAUCAGCUGGAACCCAGAGUACAUCCGACUGUUCUUCCAACCGGUCCUCUCGUAUCUCAACCUUCCCAAGUCAGAGGGCUGGCCGAAGCCAUGGGUGAUCCAUGAUCUUGGCUAUAGUUACCCAAACGCUACUGGUCAUAGUGACGGCGUGGCCGAGUCUCUCCCUCUAUUCGAGACAUCGUCUCUGUUCAUCCUUCUAUACGCGUACCAGAAAUAUACUGGAGACAAGGCAUGGGCACAGCAAUACCUCCGCCUUCUAGAAAAUUACGCGGAAUAUCUAGCGGAAAACUCACUCUACCCAGCCAGCCAGCUCACCAGCGUCGACGCCAUUGCCCCGACUGCUAAUCAGACAGCUCUUGCUAUUCAAUGCGCCGUCGGCCUCCAAGCCGCCGGGAUCAUCACCGGCAACGACACCUACGCUGCAUUGGCUGCUUCAUACGCUCGGAUAAUCUACGACGAUGCCCUAGGCUUGGAUGGAGAUACUGUCUUGGAGAGCACGCAUUUCACCUACAACUACGGGAAUGGAAGUACGUGGAAUGUCAUAUUCGCCGCUUUCUCGGACAUCAUAUUGGAUCUGAAUACCUUUCCCGCUGCAGCGUGGGAGUUACAGUCCAGUUGGUACCUGGCGCAAAUGGAAGAGGCUGGCUUGGCCUUUGCAGGGCCUGCGUCUGAUACGACUUACACGGGCAAGCCAUUCACAUGGGGUCUUGUCGAUUGGAACAUUGUCGCCGCCGCGGCGUCGUCGACCACCGUCCAGGAAGCUGUCAUAAACACCACACACGCUUUCCUGACAAAUGGUCUGAAUGACGCUCCCUUUGGCACAAAAUACGAGGUUCAAGGUCCUGAUGCAGGGAAAUGGAUUGCGAAUAAAGCGAGGAGUACUGUGGGGUCUAAUUUUGCUCUGGUAGCGCUGCAGCAGGGCCUGUGGAACCUGUCGAGAGAGAAUACCCUCGACAUUUAG